AACGGAUGUAAGAAGACAGCUCAGGGUUCUGAGUAUAGAGGAAUGAUCAGCACCACCAUCAGCAACAGGGCCUGUCAGAGUUGGAAGUUGAAUACUCCUCAUCGUCACCGAUUUAAGAAUCUAGAUGAAAACUAUUGUCGUAAUCCAGACGGUGAACCUGCACCUUGGUGUUAUACCACUGACCCUAAAAAGCGAUGGGAAGUUUGUAAUGUCCCCUUUUGUAUUAAGGAGAAAGGAUGUAAGAAGACAGCUCAGGGUUCUGAGUAUAGAGGAAUGAUCAGCACCACCAUCAGCAACAGGGCCUGUCAGAGUUGGAAGUUGAAUACUCCUCAUCGUCACCGAUUUAAGAAUCUAGAUGAAAACUAUUGUCGUAAUCCAGACGGUGAACCUGCACCUUGGUGUUAUACCACUGACCCUAAAAAGCGAUGGGAAGUUUGUAAUGUCCCCUUUUGUAUUAAGGAGAAAGGAUGUAAGAAGACAGCUCAGGGUUCUGAGUAUAGAGGAAUGAUCAGCACCACCAUCAGCAACAGGGCCUGUCAGAGUUGGAAGUUGAAUACUCCUCAUCGUCACCGAUUUAAGAAUCUAGAUGAAAACUAUUGUCGUAAUCCAGACGGUGAACCUGCACCUUGGUGUUAUACCACUGACCCUAAAAAGCGAUGGGAAGUUUGUAAUGUCCCCUUUUGUAUUAAGGAGAAAGGAUGUAAGAAGACAGCUCAGGGUUCUGAGUAUAGAGGAAUGAUCAGCACCACCAUCAGCAACAGGGCCUGUCAGAGUUGGAAGUUGAAUACUCCUCAUCGUCACCGAUUCAAUAAUCUAGAUGAAAACUAUUGUCGUAAUCCAGACGGUGAACCUGCACCUUGGUGUUAUACCACUGACCCUAAAAAGCGAUGGGAAGUUUGUAAUGUCCCCUUUUGUAUUAAGGAGAAAGGAUGUAAGAAGACAGCUCAGGGUUCUGAGUAUAGAGGAAUGAUCAGCACCACCAUCAGCAACAGGGCCUGUCAGAGUUGGAAGUUGAAUACUCCUCAUCGUCACCGAUUUAAUAAUCUAGAUGAAAACUAUUGUCGUAAUCCAGACGGUGAACCUGCACCUUGGUGUUAUACCACUGACCCUAAAAAGCGAUGGGAAGUUUGUAAUGUUCCCUAUUGUAGUUAGUACAACAUUGUUUUGUUACAUAGAUUUGACAAUAACUAUGAUUUGGAAGAUCUGCAUUUUCAAAGCAUAAGAUUUUUUGGUUCCAUAUCUGUGAAAGACUUUGUCGCAUGUCAAUUGUUUUAUUUGCAAAAUUCAUAAUUUCUUCUAAUGAUUUUGAAUAAAAGAUUUGUUUCGUCAA